UUUGCAAACCAAGCCGGGUUAGACAUGCUUGAAACAACGCUCGUGGCACUUCAGGAUAUAAUGCUCGACAAAACUCUCGAUGACUCUGGUCGUAAAGCUCUUUGCUCCGAAUUCGCUAAGAUCAUGCAGCAGGGCUAUGCUAAUCUUCCGGCGGGAAUAUGUGUGUCGAGCAUGGGAAGACCAGUUUCGUAUGAGCAAGCGACGGUGUGGAAAGUUGUUGACGACAACGAGUCAAACCACUGCUUGGCUUUUAUCCUCGUGAAUUGGUCGUUCGUUUGAAAAAAUAAAAUGGUUGAUUAUGUUUAGAUAUUAAAGUUAGGAUGCUGUUUUGGUAAGGUUUGUUAAAUUAGACG